AUUAGCUGAUAUUGUAUCAAUUGUUCACAAGCUUCUUGACGCUUUGUUGUCUCUGAACUUGAGUUCUGUAAUUCUCGGUGAUCUUGCGUCAUGGAAUAGGAACCCUAGUUUUCUGGAGCAUCUGUAACAGGCUGCAGCUGAUCGUUCGUGAUACAAUUGGUCCCUUCUUCAUAUAUACUUCUUAUUCUCUGGCAUUGUUGACGUUGUAGCGUGAAAGGAAGGUAGGUGUAUUAUCGGCAAUGGGCGAGCCGAACAAUGUGAAGCGGGCUAUUGUUGAUGCUUCGGCUGGGGCAAUCUCGGGUGGUAUAUCACGGACAGUGACAUCGCCGCUUGAUGUUAUUAAGAUUCGAUUCCAGGUUCAACUAGAACCCACAUCAUCACGGGCUUCACUACGAAAGCAAUUGUAUGUACCAUCAAAAUAUACUGGGAUAGUUCAAGCAAGUAAAGAUAUUUUUAGAGAGGAAGGCAUAAAGGGUUUUUGGCGGGGCAAUGUGCCAGCAUUACUCAUGGUUAUGCCAUAUACGGCCAUACAAUUUACAGUUUUACAUAAGUUGAAGACUUUCGCAUCUGGUUCUUCCAAGACAGAGAAUCACAUUCAUUUGAGCCCAUAUUUAUCCUAUGUCAGCGGGGCAUUAGCUGGGUGUGCGGCUACCGUAGGGUCAUAUCCCUUUGAUCUGCUCCGAACUAUAUUGGCUUCUCAAGGUGAACCCAAGGUAUAUCCAAAUAUGAGAUCAGCAUUCCUUGAUAUAGUCAGGACUCGUGGCUUACAAGGCUUGUAUGCUGGAUUAUCACCUACACUAGUUGAGAUUAUACCCUAUGCAGGCCUACAAUUUGGCACCUAUGAUACAUUUAAGCGUUGGACCAUGGCAUGGAAUCGUUACAGAUAUUCCAAUACAAGCUUGUCCUCUAUAGAAGAUGGCCUCUCUAGCUUUCAGCUUUUUAUUUGUGGACUGGCCGCUGGGACGUGUGCCAAACUCGUCUGUCAUCCACUUGAUGUGGUGAAGAAAAGAUUUCAGAUUGAAGGUCUUCAAAGGCAUCCGAGAUAUGGAGCUCGAGUCGAGCAUCGUGCAUACCGAAACAUGCUUGAUGCUAU